AUGUCUACCACGCCACAAGGCUCUACAACGACUCAAAACGAAACACCCUUAACUUCAACGACAAAUACAGUGCCUGAUCAAGACUACCUUCUGACUGACGACAAUACCGAUUGUCGACGCAGCGAGGCAUUUGAUCUGCCUAAAUCAAAGAAAUUCAGAUCAUCAACAUCAUUGAUUAGUAACGGCAGCGAAACAAUCAAUAUGUCAUCAAAUGGUAAUAAUGCAAAUCUCGGUGAAGCUAUGGAACAUACUAAUGGAAGCAUGAAUUGUAAUGGGAACAGUGAAAAUAAUAAUUCACAAGCAACACAACAAACAGCAGCAACAUCAAAUCAAAUGGCGGACGGUUUACAACACCAAACGUCAACAACAUCGUCGAAGACGCCCGAAAUCGAUGAAGGUCUCUAUUCUCGACAAUUGUACGUCAUGGGCAAGGAAGCCAUGCACCAAUUGGCCAACGCUCAUGUUCUUAUAUCUGGCAUGCGUGGUCUUGGUGUUGAAAUAGCGAAAAACAUCAUUCUUGGCGGUGCUAAAGCAGUCAUCAUUCACGAUUGUGAUAAAGUCGAUUACGCUGAUCUUUCGUCACAAUAUUACUUUUCGGAAAAGGAUAUUGGUCAAAAUCGCGCUAGUGUGGCGAAUAAACAAUUAUCAGAAUUGAAUAGUUAUGUCAACGUAUCAUGCUCGUCAGCACCACUUGAUGGAACUUUUCUUCAAGAAAAUAAAAUCAAUGUUUUCGUUCUAACUGAUGCCGAUUUUGCUGAACAAGUCAGCCUGGGUGAUUAUUGUCACAGCAAUGGAAUAAAAUUCAUCGUAGCCAAUACGAAAGGCUUAUUUGGUCAAAUUUUCUGCGAUUUCGGUAAGAAUUUUAAUGUUCUCGAUACCAACGGCGAAAAUCCAUUAACGCAAAUUGUCACCGAAAUAAGCCAUGAUGAAUCAGGUGCUGUUUUUAUGUCCACGGAUACACGACAUGGGUUUGAAGAUGGUUCAUAUGUUACCUUCCAUGGUGUCAAAGGAAUGACUGAAGUCAAUGAUCGAGAAUUCAAAAUUGCCGUGCCAAGCCCAUUCACAUUCACUAUUGGAGAUACAAGAAACUUUGGCGUCUAUGAAAGUGGUGGAACAGUAACUGAAGUGAAAAAACCAGAAUCUGUGAAUUUUAGAUCAUUUUCGGAAUCUUUACAAGAGCCUGAAAUGUUAAUUUGUGAUUUUUCCAAAAUGUCCAUGCCCGUCAAUCUCCAUUUAGCAUUUCAAGUUUUACCGCGUUACCAAAAGCAGUACAAUUCCUUACCAAAACCAUGGAAUGAUGCUGACGCUGAGAAAUUCUACGAAUUAGCCGAAGCAUUGAACAAAGAAAAUCGAGAAAAUCCAUUAACCGAUGAAUUGAAUAAACAUUGGAUAAAAUUAUUCGCCAAGACGUGCACAGGUGAUUUAUGUCCAAUGCAAGCUGUCAUUGGUGGAAUUGCUGCUCAAGAAGCCAUGAAAGCAGUGACAGGAAAAUUCAUGCCAAUCCGACAAUUCUUCUAUUUUGAUGCGAUCGAAUGUUUACCAGAAGAUGUCUUUCAAUCACCAACCGAAGCAGUAACAACAACCGAGAACAAAGGAUCUCUAAGAUUCCCAACGAAGAAAUCGCGCUAUUACUCGCAAGAGAUUGUCUUUGGUGAAGAUUUUCAAAAAGCAUUAGGCGAAACGAAAUAUUUCGUGGUUGGUUCGGGUGCCAUCGGUUGUGAAAUGUUAAAGAACUUUGCUAUGAUGGGCUUGGGAUGUGGAGAAGGCGGUCAUAUCUAUGUUACAGACAUGGACUCGAUUGAGAAAUCAAAUUUGAAUCGACAAUUUCUCUUCCGUUCAUGGGACAUCGGAAAAAUGAAGUCUCAAGUGGCAAGCGAAGCGGUCAAACACAUGAAUCCAAGUAUGAAUAUUCGCGCAUAUGUCGACGGUGUUUUACCUGAAACCGAAAACAUCUAUAAUGAUCACUUCUUUGAACGAUUAGACGGUGUUGUCAAUGCACUUGACAAUGUCAAAGCCCGUCAAUAUGUCGACCGUCGUUGUGUUUAUUAUCAAAAACCAUUGGUUGACAGUGGCACAUUAGGUACAAAGGCCAGUGUUCAAGUUGUUGUUCCAUUCCUCACGGAAUCAUAUUCAUCAACAAAUGAUCCACCUGAUCCGUCAGUACCAAUGUGUACAUUACGUAAUUUCCCUAAUUUGAUUGAACAUACAAUUGAAUGGGCGCGUGAUAAUUUCGCUGGUCUUUUUACCAUUCCUGCUCAACAAGCUGAAGAAUUCAUUCGUUCAGGAAAAGAAUUCGCCGAGCGAACAUCUAAAAAUCAUUCAGAAUAUGAUAAAAAUGAAAUUAUUGACAACGUCAAACGUAUUCUCGGCUCCGAACGUCCAAAAGCUUUUACCGAUUGCAUAAAAUGGUCACGAAAUCUAUUUGAACAACAAUUUCACAAUACAAUCGCCCAAUUACUUUACAAUUUUCCACGUGAACACAUCACCAGCAAAGGUGACCGUUUCUGGAGUGGAAACAAGCGUUGCCCACAUGUGCUGAAGUUCGAUGUCAACAAUAAACUUCAUUUGGACUUCAUUGUCGCUGCAUCAAACCUAUUAGCACAUAUGUAUCACAUCGAAGGAUCGCGUGAUCGACAAGCUAUUGCUCAAGAAGUGGCGAAAGUUCAUGUUCCCGAGUUUCAGCCCAAAUCUGGUGUUACCAUUCAUGAAAAUGAUGAACAAUUAAAAGCUGAAAAUGAACGACAGAAGAAUAUGAAUGCUAUGCGUAAAGGAGUUCCAGGUGCAAGUGAAUCAGAAGCUGAUUUAAUCCUUGCACGGUUACCCAAUCGCGAUGAUAUCAAUCAUAUUAAAAUUCGAGCACAUGAAUUUGAAAAAGAUGAUGAUACCAACUUUCAUAUGGAUUACAUUGCCGCAACAGCGAAUCUACGCGCUGAAAAUUAUGAAAUUCAAACAGCUGAUCGUAGCAAAAUUAAACGUAUUGCUGGAAAUAUCAUUCCAGCUAUUGCAACGACAACUGCGAUGGUUACAGGUUUAGUUUGUCUUGAAGUUUACAAAUUCAUUCAAAAGCAUAAGAGAAUCGAAUCAUUUCGAAAUGCUUUCGUCAAUUUGGCUUUACCAUUCUUUGGCUUUUCCGAACCAGUUCCACCAAAACGUCAAAAAUAUCUCGGCAAAGAUUUCACUUUGUGGGAUCGAUUUGACGUCAAGGGCGAUAUGACAUUGGAAGAACUGAUUGAAUACUUCAAACGCGAACAUAAACUCGUACCAAACAUGAUUUCAGCAGGAAUGUCCGUUAUUUAUAGUCCACAUUUUAUGCGCAAGGAAAGCAAAGCACAAGAUAUGAAACGAAAAAUUUCAGAACUGUUUGAAACGGUGACCAGAAGCAAGAUACCUGCCCAUGUUUGUUCACUUACAUUAGACAUGUUAUGCGAUGACCUCGAAGGAAAUGAUGUAGAAGAUGUUCCCUAUAUCAAGUACACAUUUAGAUGA